UGUUCCCAUCAUGCCUUGGGGUGUCUAGGCCGUGCUGGUGUGUUGUUUGGGAGAUCAGUGGAAUUUUCGCGUGUGUGGCACUCCACGCUGAAGUCCUGAUUGUUUUAAUUUUUUUUUCGUAAAGUUCUCCUGGGAUUGUGGUCUUUCAGGUGAAUGGCUACCAUUGUCAGUUGACCUGACAUCAGAGAGAAGCACCUGCAACUGUUUUUGUGAGAUUUAGGGGAGAGGAUCUAAGAUCUUCCUCUUCUCACUUCAUUUUCGUGUGGAAAUCGUGGAUUAUUAUCCAAGGUGUAAAAAUAAAACUUUGGGUACCAGAACUUUUGAAUAUAAUUUGCAGGUUGAAAUUUAAUGUAGAGUUAUCUCAGUACAGAAGUAACAAGAUGUCAGCAGAUUCUCAUCUGCAUCAAGUUUAAAAAAGAAAAGAUUGAGUAGUUCGUCAAAGCUGAUUUCAUUGAAGGAAUUGGUUCCAUUGAAAUUAUUUACACCUGUCCGAGGAAAUAUCAAUAUCGGAUCAAUGAACUGGCAUGUGGAAUCUAAUUACAGUCCAGAAUGAAAGGAGUUAAGAUUUGGCACGUGCCUUAACCAGUCCAUUUCUCUUGAUCUUUUUUCUUUCCAUAAAGAGGGGAGAAAAAAUAGAGUAUUGAUCCUUGUGUCUGAAACUUUGUGCGACCACUUUGUCAUUAUGAUGAUACAGAGGUAGACUGACUUCGUUUGCCCUCUGCAGUUGUAUUAAAUAUCGGGACGUUUUACAGACUUUUCGAGCUCAGGGGAUAUCCACUGUUUGGUUGGGGGAUAUUUUUUUGUGCUUUUCCCUUUUUGUCUUUGACUUUUUAUGGGAAAAGAUUUGCCAUGAAGCUACCCUGCAAUAUUUGGAGGGAGCGGACAUUGUUAUUGGAGGGCCUUGACAAUGUUACCUGGGAGACACACAAUGUUACCUUGAGAAGAGUGCCAGGAUUCGGAUUUGGAAUUGCAGUCAGUGGUGGACGAGACAAUCCACACUUUGCUAACGGCGACCCGUCAAUAGCCAUAUCUGACGUCCUCACAGCGGGACCUGCAGAGGGCAAACUACUGAUAAAUGACCGAGUGAUGAGUGUUAACGGGAUCCCGCUGGAGAAUGUGGACCACAAGCAGGCUAUUGCCGUCCUCAAAGACAGUGGCAACAAGGUCAACUUGGUCAUUAGAAGACGUGUACUGGUCCCCACAUAUACUGAUACAGAAAACACGCCACUCAAAAUCACGCUGUCUCGGAAAAACCGACGAGAAGAUUUUGGAGUGGUUCUGGGAUGCAAGUAUUUCAUCAAAGAAAUCACUGGAAACAGUAUAGCAGCCCAAGAUGGCGGACUAAAAGAGGGAGAUGUAGUGCUAAAGAUAAAUAGUACAGCUAUAGAGAACCUGUCUCUGGUCGACGCCAAGAAACUGAUAGAGAAGACCAAAGACAAGCUGCAGCUGUUCAUCGCGAAGACUCGGUACGAGGACCGGGGACCAGCCAACAAAGCUCAGGACGAUGAAUAUUCAUUAGGCUAUGGCACUUUACAAGGAACCCUACAGAACAAGAGAUCAGACAUUGACAAUGUCAACAUAUACAGACCCUCUCUCUCAAGUCCGGAGGAGGAGAUCUACAAGGGGCACCACAACUACCAGGAAAUCCCCCCGGGGUCGUACCCCAACUCCGAGCACGCACGGUACGACGGGAGGUACAUCUAUGACCACGAGGCCCCUCCCCGGCCCCCACUUCCUGAUGAAACAGAUGCCCCUCCCAGACCCCCCAGCCCAGGGAAGGAGCUUCUGAGGCCAGACGACUUCUAUUCCCCCCGCAGUCCUCGGUCCCCCCACCCCCCACACUCACCCCUGGGGGACGGCUAUUUGAGUGACCACGGCAGGAUGGACCCCCACGGACAGAGAAGGCAUGAUGAGAGGUAUGUUGGAAAGAGGAAAGACAUAGUGCUAGACCCCCGCUUUGUGUAUUUUGAGAAAGAGCCUGAGUUUGGUCUGGGACUGAGGCUGGCCGGAGGAAAUGCUACUGGAAUAUUUAUAGCCUCAGUGCAACCAGGAAGUGGUGCAGAAGCUGUGGGGCUGACCGAGGGGGACCAAAUAUUGAAGGCCAAUGAUGUGGAGAUCCCAGGCAUGACGAGAGAGGACGCCGUGACCUACUUAACCAGUCUGGAGGGGCGGGUGUCCAUGGUCGUUCAGUACAAGAGGGAAGAAUAUGACAGAAUAAUUUCAAGUCAUGAAGCAGGAGACAGCUUCUUUAUCAGGACACAUUUUGAAUACCAGGCCAAGGAUAUGGGUGAGCUGUCGUUUACGAUAGGAGACAUCUUCCACAUCAAAGACACGCUGUUCCGCGGGGUCGUGGGGUCAUGGCUGGCCAUGCGUAUCGGCCGCAACAACCAGGAGACCCAGAAAGGCUUCAUCCCUAACAGAAACAGUGCGGAGCAAAUAUUUUUAUCGACAACCCAUACAGAGGCGGAGAAAGAGAACACGCCCACCAAAAGUCGCAGCCUCCUUUUCAAACGAAAAGCGGCGAGACGAAGCAAGUCCCUGGGAAAGGACCAUUGGGAGGAUGUCAUAUUCUCAAAUCUGACCACAAAAUUUCCUGCCUACGAGAGAGUGACUCUGAGAGAUACUGGGUUUGUCAGACCCGUAGUCAUAUUUGGUGCACUGGCUGAUGUGGCCAGAGAAAAACUCCUUCAAGAUUUCCCAGAUAAAUUUGAAUCCCCACAGACUGAUGCAAGCAGCCAGGGUGGAAAUGAUCAGAGGAAAUCCGGAAUAAUCCGACUUGGUGCAAUCAAAGAAAUUAUCAAUAAGAGGAAGCACUGCCUGCUUGACGUUACGCCCCACAAUGUGGACAAGCUGAACUACUCGCAGUAUUACCCCAUCGUCGUCUUUCUGAAAGCAGAGAACAAGAACAUCGUCAAAGACUGCCGGGCCAAGUUUGCCAAGGGCUCGACCAAAAACCACAAGAAGCUGUUUGAACAGAGCCAGAAGCUGGAGAAGCUCUAUCCUCAUCUAUUCACUGCCACCAUCAGCCACAACAACACGGAGGUGUGGUACUCGCGGCUCCAGGAGAUGAUCCACCUCCAGCAGGAACAGCAGAUCUGGAUGUCAGAGCACAAGCCCGAGGACAAUGUAAACGACGACUUCCUGUUCCCAAUGGGCAGCCGGGCCAGCUACUCCCCAGCCCAGGACACAGAGCCGGGCAACACCCCCAAAACUCACCCAGAUGACUUUGACGCUUCCCCCAAGCACAAGAAGAGGCUGGUGCGGUCGUCUUCAGACCCCAGUAUUAACACCACUGACCGCGUCCCUGGUAUCCCUCCCUAUCCAGCACCCCCCAGCUACCACAGAUCCCCUGGCUCCCCGAACAGGAAGCUGAUGGACGACCGUAGAUAUGUGGAUUUUGAUCGCCAAUCAGAGGACAGGUACUAUCCGUCAUACUACGCCUCUGAGAGCCUUCCUCAUGGCCAGUUUCCACACACACGCUCCAUAGAACCAUACGCCACAAUCACCCACCACGAGCGCCUACGCAGCAAAAUUCCAGAAGAUGGCCAAUGGUACAACCCAGCAUAUGAUGACCGGGGGCCUCAGAAAUUUAAUCCCGAAUAUCAUCGCUCAGAACCAGAUCUGGGUCGUCACGUCAAUCAUAAUCGUCCAUCCACUGCGUCACUGCCACCACCCCAGCCCCACCAAACUCACGACCCGGGUCAAGGUCAACCCCCUCAUCCACCGCAUCAUUCACAGCCAUUCCAGGAAAAUGCCUCUAGCUACAGCAGUGAUUCGUACUCCCGUUACACCUCAAAUCCGGUCAAUCGUCACGAUGACUCCAAACUACGGGAGAAGUUUGGGAGCCUCGCAGUGGCAGCAAAAGGAGAGAGGUCAAUAGGUCAUGACCCCUACCGCUUCACGCGGAGCACGGCUAACCCCGUCAACACUGCCAACAUAGAUAAAUCAAAACUCUCGGAUCUCUCCGCUCGCUAUAGAAAAGACGAGCACCCUCCCACCCGCAAACAGUCUCUACCAUCCCCAGUCAUUUCACCCUCAGUCAAUCAGCCCCCCGCAUCCUCCGCACCACCCCAUCAUGCCCCACUGCAGCAGGACGGGGCGCCACCCAGGGUGAAAAAAGAGCCACCACCUGUCCCUGUCAAGACCUAUCACCUGAGGGACCGGGGCAUAGAGCCAGACGAUCUCAAAAUUCGAAAUUACGAAAAUUCCAACAGAGCUUAUAAUUACGCCGAUCCAAGCAGCUAUUCAGGUCCCGACCAGAAACAUCAUUACAAUGAACAAAACGAAAAUCCAUAUGAUUAUGUUGCUCCUAGGCAAAACUCUGCCCCCCGAUCUCGGACGUCGCCCAAUCAGAACGCAGUGUACGCCCGGCCCUACGCCUCACCGGACCGACACAGCAGGGAGGGGUCGUACGACCGGGGAAGGUCGUUCAUGAACCAGAUCUACAUGGACACCGAGCAGCUGCAGAAGUUGAGGGCCAGGCAAGAAAGCCACCCACCUACCAGUAACCAUGGCAACAGGGAAGUGAUGGGAGCAAGGGAUUCUGGGUACCCAGGUCCAGAGCGGCCGAGAGAAACGGAGGAGCCGAUUGGACGAUCAAGUUCUAGCGAGGGGAUUAGUGGCAAUGGGACUAGUUUCUCUUCAUACAAGAACCUCAUUACACCUGGUUUCUAUGGCGCCAUAAAACCAUUCCACUCUGUUCGAGACGACCCAGGAGAUCACAGUAGGGCUGUGAACCACGAGGCCAGUGAUCGGGAGCGGAGCAGCCAUGAGGACAGCAGUGACCACGGCAGUGCCUUUGAAGCCUACAGAAAACCCGCCAUGUCUACGUUUGGCAAAGUGCCAGCUGGAAAAGGCUUUGAACCCAGCAAACAUAUAAGAACAUCAAGUCCUAAACCUGGUAGUGCUACUGUAAGUAAUCACCAUGACGAUACACAUGUCACACAUCAUGUCAGUGCACCUGAAAGUGGUGACUCUGACACAGUUCCUAAGCAACCACUGGAUAAAAAUGAGGCUAACCAUCCAGUAGAAGGCUCACAGCCAAGGCAGGCGGGUACCCGUAAAGUGUUGGAAAGAUCAGCUGGUGACUGGCCUGAUGAUAAAGAGGAGACAGACAACAAGAGGCAAAAUUACAGAGAGGAAGAAACAAAAAUCUCAAGUUUGAAUCAACUGGAAGGCAGAUGGAAGAUGGGCAAGGUGCAAAAUUAUGGAGGGAAAGAUAUGAAGGUUUCAAGUGUUGAUGAGCCAGAUGGAAAAUGGAAAGCAGACCAAACACCAAGUGUUGAUGAACCAGAUGGCAAAUGGAAGAUUGACAACAUGCACAAUUAUGGAGAGAAAGCAGUGAGGGUGUCAAAUGUUGAUGAACCAGAUGGCAAAUGGAAGAUUGACAACAUGCACAAUUAUGGAGAGAAAGCAGUGAGGGUGUCAAGUGUUAAUGGACCAGAUGGCAAAUGGAAUACAGGUGAGAAGAUGGAAGAUUCUGCCUAUGACAGUGAGGAAUUUAGUCCCACAGGGAGUACAGGUUUCCCAACCUAUGACAGAACAGAGAAAAUCAAGGUCAAUAUGGAUGAUGCCAAUAGCUCUGAUUAUUCUCAUGAAUUGCAUACAGAAAACUUGCCAAAAUACCCAAGUGCAAGCACCCAUCUUGCACGAACUUCAGACAGAGCCAACAACGCUUUUGACAAUGAUGAUGACGAUGAUGAUGAUGAUGAUGAUGAUGAUGAUGAUAGUGAUGACAAUAAAGAGAAGGAGAUGGAUAAAGAAAAAAAGAAAAAUGUUAAAGAUAGCAUUGAACUUUCUCCUCCUUUGAAAAGGGGUGAUUUGGCACCUGCACAAUAUGGAACGAAGCACCAAAUUGGAAAUGAGAAGGAUAGCAAGACUAAAGAUAAUGAUUAUGCAAGGAUGGCAGAAGAUCCAGUACCGGAAAAAGAAGGACAGGAUGCUAUCCCUUCCAAUCAUAUCACAAAUUCUUCUUCAAGGCUGUCCACCACUCACGACAGAAAACCUGAGGGGACAGAAGAGAAGGCCAUUCCCCCCGCCAGUGUGUUCAAUUUUCCUAAAAUGAGACUAGAUAGGUAUAAACUGGGAGAUGACAAGAAGGUGUCGCCCACCAGUAAUCGACUUGAUAGAUACAGGGGCCUAUUAGGAACCCAUGGGAGAAUGUCCUCCUACGAGAAGUCAAGCUCUGAGGAUGUGAGAGCUGCAGGUCCAGAAAAAGGAGAGAAAGAGAUACACGAACAGAAAUCACCAGAAAAUAUCCAAAACAGUGUAAAAGGUAAUGAUAAAAUGAAGGACAACAAAACAGAGAGGAAACAGGAUGGUGAUGUGCAAAAUUCAUCUUUGGGGGUUCAUGACAUACCUAGUAAUGGGCUUCAAAGGAAUGGCAAUGAGGAUGAAGUAGGGGGACGACUGGUCAAGAGUCCAUCCAGUAGUACUCUAGUAGAAGACGACGAUGAUUCCUCAACUGCUAGCGAAGGGUCUGUGAUAAGGAGUCCUUCUAUUGACUCACUGGUGGAGAGUAAAGAAGAGGUCAAAAAACCUCAGCUUGAAACGAAGAAGAGUCAAAACUCUCCAGAAAAUACAAGUAACAUGAGGAAGGUAACAAAUGAGGAAGACAAAGAUAGAAAUGGAGAAAAACUGCCGGAAAAGUUGGAAAACGGUUAUGCCAGGAGCAAGGAAUUUGAUAAAGGGGGUAGCAAGGGAUUGAGUGUCCCUAUCAAAUUGCAAGCUCCGGGAAAAGCUGAUAAAUCAAAUGUGUCUCUUAAAAAGAGUACUGUUGAGACUGCUGACAAAAAGGCUCAAAGAAAACCUAAUACAAACAAUGGGGUUGAUCGAGAGGUGAUGGAGAUAUUAGAUUAUGACAGAAUGUAUGAUCAGCCCUCAGUAGGACACUCUCUGAUUCGUGGAAUCAGUCACGAAUCUCCGACUAACGAACCAAAAAGCUCAGAGGUCAGACAAAAUCCUCAGGUCAUCAACGGUCGGUCGGAGGGAAGGAACCAAGAUUUAAGAAAGAGUAAAGAAAAUCGGAGGGAACCGCACAGCUAUGUCAGACGCGAUCAGUCUGCCGAGAGAGUCCGCGUCUCUGUAAAAAGCGAUAAACAAAGUAACGAAGUAACGCAGGAGAAACAGACCAUUUAUAGAACCUACAGGCGAACGUCGGGAAUCACGAAAAGAAACGUUUUGGCCUACAACAAAGACAUCAAGGAGACCUGUGUGGACGAUAUAUACGACGACGACGAUGUCAAAGUCACCAAUGACAAGAAUAAGCCAAAAACAACCUGUAAAACUGUCUUCUCCAAUCAUAAUGGACAAGGAGAUCCAGACUUGGCAGACGACCCUGCAGCUUCCGAUGAGGAACCUUUUGCUGUAAAUCUGCGACAAUUGAAAUUAGAGUCCCUUAACAUUGGGUCAGAUAACGGUCAACUGAUCGAAGGAAACCACACAGUGGUGGCUACAGCCAGGGGUGUGUUUGACCAUCAGGGAGGGGUGCUGGAGUCCCCCGAAACAGGUGUCAGUAUAGUAAUUCCCAAAGGUGCCAUUCCUGAAGGAGUGAGCCAAGAAAUCUACUUCAAGGUGUGCAAGGACAACAACAUCCUGCCACCCCUAGACAAGGAUAAAGGGGAGACCCUCCUGAGCCCUCUAGUCAUGUGCGGACCGCACGGCCUCAAAUUCCUGCUGCCUGUGGAGCUCCGCCUCCCUCACUGUGCCUCCGUCAACCCGGACAGCUGGUCGUUCGCCCUCAAGUCCAGCGACUCCCCCACAGGUCACCCCACUCAGUGGCAGAAUAUGACCUUGGCUGGUAUGGACGGAGUGGCUCAAGGUCGUGUGGGUAAAAACAGUGUUUCUGUCCUGGUUGACCAUUUCUGAGGAAAACGAAUCAUGUUCUGUGUCCGACAUUGACUUCCCACUGCUGGUUGACCAUAGAACCAAACACUUGUAAGACUAGAACAUUUUGUACUCGUGUGCAAUGGUGAACAGGCAAGAGAGAAGAUUAAUAAUGCUGGAUUGAUGAUGAUGAUUUAAAGGCAGGCAGAAGGGUGGAGACUUUUGAAAGCAUACUAAAAUAACCAAAAACAAAGCCGCAAGGAUAUUCAUUUUAUUUUUGAUGUUCCGUGGAUUGAUGUUGGACUUGAGAUUCAUAGUAUAGCCAAUGGGGUUGUGAAUUCAGAGGUUUCUGAUUGGUUGUGAUAAAAACAUUACAUUGUUACAUGUGAAAAAAAAAAAUUUAAAAUGUGCUGAACAGUCAUUAAAAAAAGGUUUUUUAUUCCUUAACUUGAGCAAAAUAAAAUGCAUGUUAAUUAUAUAUAGAAGACACUGUCCACCUACAACCCCACCCCAAACACACACAGUCAUCUGUUUAAAAUUUAUUUUUAUUGUCAAUGGUUUGUCAUAGUUUACAGCCAAAUUUGUUUAUUUUGUUUGAAAUGAUAUAUUGUAUAUUUUUGUAGCAACUAAAGAAGUUAUUUUUUUUUCUUUGUCUUUAGUUGUUUUAAUUAUUUUAACAAGCUGGUUGUUUAAGAAGUGAUCGUGAAAUGCUUUGUUGAUGAUGAAAUUGUAUGCAACAAGUGUGUGUUUUAAUAUAAAACCUUGUUAAGUGCAAAAUGAUUCAGUGUUACCUAGUUUUACUCUGUGUACAUGUUAGAAUGAAAACAAACAUGGGAUUAUUUUUUAUGCUUUUGCAAAGUGUUAGUUGAAUUGUUGCAUUCAGAUCAUUUAUGAAGAAAGAUAGAUAACUUGUUAUUCUUUUUUUACCCUUUCAAAGUUGUAUUGGAUUUCCAACAGUUAAUAUUAUACAGAUAUAUAAGCACAUAUAGAAGCAAGAAACUGAUAAACAACCAAUACCCAAUGUUUUCUGUGCCUAUUUAAACCAGGACUUGUAUCACAGUUAAAUCAAAGGAACUGAGACUUAUGCAAUAAUCUUUAGGCAGAUUUACUUGUAUACAUUUUUUUGUGGUUAUUAAUUUUUUUUUUUUUGCAAUAUAACAUUUGAAAUUGCUGAUAUUGGACAAUUUGUACGGUGACAAUCAUUUGUUUUUCAACUUUAGCAUAACAUCAGAAUAACGAGUUUGUUUGUCCAACCCAGUCCCUUCAUUAAAAGAUAUAACCUGCCUCCCAGACUGCAGGAAUCGGUCCAGCUAAGAAUUUUCUAGCCUUUUAGACGAUUUCGAAGAAAGUUCUGACACAUUUGCUGGUCGAUUUUUUACAGUCUUUGAGUGAUCUCCCUUGAUAUUUGAAAAUCACAUAAUUCACAAAAAUAUUUUUAAUAUAAUUUUGAUUCAUGAAAAAUGUUCCAUUUUCAUUAAUGAUGAGAAUUAUUUAUAAAAAAAAAAUCUUCAUGCUUUUAAAAUCCCAUGGACCUUUAAGGAGUAUAAUUUCGUAUAUUGGUUGUGAUAUCUAGUUUUUUAAACAAGUUGCAAUAUUUUGAACUGGUUGUCUUGAAAAGUAUUCAAAGUUUUGUCUUUAUCUAUUUGUAAGUUUAUAUAUGUGUAAUUUUGUUAUGGUUGUGAAACAUUUUAGUAGAGUCCGAAAUAGGUUACAACUGAACAAGAAUUCUUAUUUUCUUUAUGUGUGUAUGCCAUUUCUAAAGCACGGACAAUUAUAAGAUAAUACUCAAAGACAAAAUUUUGUAACAUUUCAUAUUUUUUGUAAGCCUCUUUCAUUUAUUAAACAUUGGAAGAAAAAAAUCAUUGCCACAAUUUUUUAAGAAAUAACAAAAAAAAAUGUUGAUUUUUUUUUAACCUUCAAAUACAAUAUAUAUAUUAGUUAAUGCAGAAAAAAUGAAUUCAUCUGUUGGGAAAGUUUUGUCAAAAGCAUAUGUUAUUAAGGCAGUAUUUUUCACUUGUCCACAUUUCAGGUAGAAAAUCAGUAUACCAUUCAUGUAAAAUGAUGUAUAAAAAUAUAAUUGUCAAUGAUAGCACCAUUAUUUAUACUUAUGCAUGCCAACCACUUAUUAUUAUUUUUGUUUUGUUGCCUAUGACACUGCGUAGGUUGUACAUUGUCUUAUAUGUGUAACAGUUCAUGAGCAAACUCUGCAUUUAAUGAACCAUACAUUGUACGUCUAUAUCAUAAUACGUGUAUUUUUCAUUGUAUCAACCAUCAACUUCAUCUAUAUGUGCACUAUUGGUCUUCCAUAUAAAAAAAAACCAAGAUGCUUCAUUAUUGGAAAAUAAUAAAAAAUAUUUACAUUC